AUGGCUUCUUCUAUGGAUUCGAAUCAUCCGUUUAUCGAUACGAUGGGAAUUACCAGUGAUGAAUAUGUGCGGGAGCAAGCGUUUGUGACUGAUGGAACGUUGACGGUAGGAAGAAAUGCUUCCUUGACCUUGGGGACGGACUCUCUGAUUGUACUUGAUGAGGCUUUCGAAAAGGAGAGCGCAACUUGUUGCGGGUUUUGGACUUUUGCUUCGAGUUCUGCGAAUACUAGACCAAUUCCUUUCUACAACGUCCUCUGGGCUGAGAUAUUAGACACGAAAGAGCUUGCGAUUCGAUAUGCUGCGCCGACAUCGAAAUCGAGAGUACAACCUACAGAGCUGAAAUAUGCGAUUGAAUCGCAUUCUACAGAAGAAGUCAAGAAAUGGAUUGGAAAAUUAUUAGAUCGAUCGUACGGCGAAUCGCAACAAACAAAACGAGCAAAGGUCCUGGUGAAUCCUCAUAGUGGCAAGGGAAAUGCGCAGAAAUACUAUGAUCGGGAUGUGGAACCACUUUUGAAGGCAGCGAACUGUAGUAUUGACAUGGUAAAGACGCAAUAUCAGGGGAAUGCGGUUACGAUUAUAGAGGAUAUGGAUGUUGAAGCUUACGAUAUGGUGGUUUGCUGUUCCGGAGAUGGAUUGCCGCAUGAAGUAUUUAACGGCCUGGGUAAGAGACACGAUGCGAAAAGAGCCCUGUCGAAGAUUGCAGUGACGCAUGUACCAUGCGGGAGUGGAAAUGCUAUGAGUAUGAAUUUAAACGGAACGGCCAGCGCCAGUUUGGCUACUUUGGCUAUUAUCAAGGGGAUUCCUACGCCGCUAGAUCUCAUGUCGGUCACACAAGGAGAAACACGAACAAUCAGUUUCCUAUCUCAAUCUGUAGGGAUUGUGGCCGAGGCUGAUUUAGCUACCGAACAUUUGAGAUGGAUGGGAAGUGCACGAUUUACAUAUGGAUUUCUAGAGAGACUUAUUGGACAAACAGUUUAUCCUUGUGAUAUUGCUAUUAAGGUUGCGAUAGAAGAUAAACCAAGUAUAAAAGACUAUUAUAGAAAGGAGAUGAGCAAUCACGAACCAGCAAGCGAGAGGAGGGGAUACAAAUACCUUUUGGAUGACGAUGCUUCGGCUAGUAGUGGGACGGAAGAUGGGUUGCCUCCGCUGAGAUAUGGUACUGUGAGCGACAAAUUGCCGGAGGGCUGGGAAAUGGUUCCAUAUGAUAAGUUGGGCAAUUUUUACUGUGGGAAUAUGGCAUACAUGGCCUCAGAUGCCAAAUUUUUUUCCGCCGCCCUUCCAAGUGACGGUUACAUGGACCUCGUUUGCAUCAACGGCGAUAUAAGUCGCCUUGCAGCUAUCAAAAUGAUGUUGUCAGUGGAAAACGGAAAGUUGUUUGAUAUUCCUGACGUAUGGUAUCGUAAGAUACUCGGAUAUAGAAUCAUUCCGAAACAGAAAGGGGAUGGGUAUAUAAGUAUUGAUGGGGAGAGGGUUCCCUUUCAACCAUUCCAAGUUGAGGUACAUAAGGGUUUGGGUACGGUACUCUCGAAAACGGGACAUAUGUAUGAGACUCAUGGUUUUGUUUGA